AUGCCAUCAGAGAGGAGACUAGCGUAAUCCUUCCUUUAUUAAAAGAUAGCCAUGCUUACCAGAAUUUGUUCUGACUAAACAUACAGCAAGCUAUGCUAUCCAUCUCUGCACCAGUGUAAUAAUGACAACAUACUGUAGAGAGGGUACAGAGGUAGACAGGGUUGGCUCUGUCUCCCCCUCUCACAAAGGUCUCCAUCACCCCCUCUCUGUGUCUCUCCUCUGUCGCUCCCUGUACCUCUCUCCCCUCCCUCUUCUCAUCCUCUGGUUUAUAAUCAGUCAGUCCAGGGAAUGUGAAGAAUGUGACAUAUGCGCAUCCUCCUGUCUAAAAGAAGAUUAUUCAGAAAGUGAUGGUAUGACUGGACUGGAUAAGGGUUUUGGAUAAAAGCUGUGCCCCAAUGAAUGUUCCCUGGUGUUAAAUAUUUGGCGUUUUCACGGACUAAAUCUCGACCAAAAGAUCUGCAGAGUUAGUAGAUGGAGUUGUUAGAACAUUUCAAUCAUUUCAACAUUUGAAGUUUGACACUUCAGAAUCCAGUUUUUUACAUACAAAUUCAUGCAUCGGUUCUAAAAAGGGUGUGGUGCUUUGCUUGUUGGAUUGAUUUCCCUGCUUGACACAGACUUUGGUUGGACCACACUAUGAUUCCUGCCACAAGUACAGUACCUGAGGUUUAGCCUGUAUGUACAGUAUUUCCUUUGUAACAACAACACCUGGUAUCGACCUACAUUUGGCCUGUAUUUCUCCUGUAUCCAAGCAUUCAAAUACAUGCAAAACAUUGAAACAGGGAUCAUACCACAACCCACUCAAUCCCAGGACCUGAGAAAGAAACAGAUCCAGAGAUCCAUUGGCAAACUUUGCAGACGUUUCCCCUUAUUUUCCCCAUGCAUCCCAGUCUGCCCAGUCUGACAGUAGGAAUAAAUCACCCGGGUCCAAUUUCCUGGACUCUUCCUAAUAUGGGUGUCAAUUAGAGGAAGAGUACUACUGUGGCCGCAGCUUUGCAGCCUGCGAACCGGUCUGCCGCGGGCUGCACAAUGCAUUAGCCCACGAUGAGCUGUCAAAAAGGAUUAUUUCAGCUACGCCAGUCAGCAAAAGGGGUGUGUGCCGCUCGACUGCACUAAAUCUGAGGAGAGAAAGAGAGGGGCGGGAGUGAAAAACAGAGAGAGCGAGAGAGAAAUAGAGAGAGAGAAAAAAAGCAACCCAGAUAGAGGCGAGAGGGAGAAAUAGUGAGAAGAAGAGAAGUGUCCAUUUAACACACAUAAGAAGGUGGAUUUUUCUGGAAGAGUACCGUGCGAUGUUGGAACACUCGUCGGAGCUAGCCCUGGUGCAGAGCAUAUACGUCAACGGCAUGCGCUGUCCCCCCUCUGCCUCCGGUGUCCCCGUCAGGAAUGAGGACCUAGGAUCUCUGAGCAACGGCAGCAACAGCAGCAGGAUGAAUGGUUCUAUGGAGAACCUGGAUACCCCUGACCAUGACUCCAUCAAGAUGUUCGUUGGCCAGAUCCCCCGCUCCUGGACGGAAACCGAACUCAAGGAGCUGUUUGAGCCCUACGGGGCCGUGCACCAGAUCAACAUCCUCCGAGACCGCACUGCCACACCCCCCCAAAGCAAAGGAUGUUGUUUUGUAACGUUUUAUACCAGAAAAGCUGCCCUGGAGGCCCAGAAUGCAUUGCACAACAUAAAGACCUUAACAGGGAUGCAUCAUCCCAUCCAGAUGAAACCCGCUGACAGUGAGAAAACAAACGCGGUGGAAGACCGAAAGCUCUUCAUUGGAAUGGUGACAAAGAAAUACGGCGAGAACGAGGUCCGAAUGAUGUUCUCUGCUUUCGGACAGAUAGAGGAAUGCCGAAUUCUCAGAGGACCUGACGGUCUGAGCAGAGGCUGUGCGUUUAUCACAUUUUCUACCAGGGCUCAGGCCGCGAAUGCAAUCAAAACCAUGCAUCACUCUCAGACUAUGGAGGGCUGCUCCUCUCCCAUGGUGUGUAAGUUUGCGGACACUCAGAGGGACAAAGAGCAGCGGCGCCUGCAGCAGCAGAUGGCCCAACAGAUGCAGCAGCUCAACAGCGCCUCCACCUGGGGAAACCUGGCAGGGCUGGGAGGCCUCACCCCACAGUACUUGGCAUUGCUCCAACAGGCGACAUCUACCAGUAACCAGAGUAAUUUUGGUGGCAUGCAGAGGCUAGGAGGUGUGAACCAGCUGCAGCUGCAGAACCUGGCAACGUUAGCUGCUGCUGCCUCUGUAGCCCAGAACUCAGGCGGCGGCUCCAACGCCCUGUCAGCCAACGGAGCUCUAGGUAAUCUCUAUAACUCAGCAGCAGGCCAGACUGCAGGCUCCAGCGCUGGUGCAGCCAUGAACACCCUGGCCUCUCUGGGCCUGACCCAGGGCCUCGGCGGGGGCCUGACAGGGACCUCCAUGGGUCUCAACAACCUCAACGCCCUCACUGGGGGUGUCAGCGGUGAGUACUCCAACCGAAUGGCGGCUAUGAACGGAGGACUGGGGGCCUCGAUGGCGAACGGCUCGGGGGCGAGUUCCAUGGACGCACUGACUCAGGCCUAUUCAGGGAUGCAGCAGUACACGGCCUCCGCCCUGCCUUCCCUCUACAGCCAGUCCCUACUGCAGGGAGCAGCCGGCGGGAGCCAGAAGGAGGCUGGGAGCCAGAGGGAGGGUCCUGAGGGAGCCAACCUGUUCAUUUACCACCUGCCCCAGGAGUUUGGAGACCAGGAUGUCCUGCAGAUGUUCAUGCCUUUUGGAAGUGUCGUCUCUGCCAAAGUCUUCAUCGACAAACAGACCAAUCUGAGCAAGUGCUUCGGGUUUGUCAGCUACGACAAUCCAGUGUCGGCACAGGCCGCCAUCCAGGCCAUGAACGGCUUCCAGAUCGGCAUGAAGAGGCUCAAGGUGCAGCUGAAGCGCUCUAAGAACGACAGCAAACCCUACUGAUCUUACCCAGGGCAGGGGCCAUUUUCCCCAGGCUCUAUGUUAGCAUUACACGGGUAAGUCUAAGUCUACCCAACCCACGACUAAAGCCAAGGCCAUCUGAUCACCACAGCAGAGACUUAAUUAAUAGGGUGGCAGGUAGCCUAGAGGUUAGAGCGUUGGGCCAGUAACCGAAAGGUCGCUGGUUCGAAUACCUAAGCCGACAAUGUCACAAAUCUGCCGAUGUGCCCGUGAGCAAGGCACUUAACCCUAAUUGGCCCCAGGGGCGCCUUACUACUAUCGUGGGUGUCAUUCAGACUCACUCCACUGGGGUCUUGUUAUCUUAAACCGGUUAUGUUCUUUACAUGUCUAUUAUUACUGCAUCCAUUCCUUUUACAGUUUCAUCAUGUAAUUUUUAAGAGUGGUAUAAAGUGUGUUAAUUUAUAUGAUUAUUUAUAGCUAUCACUAGAGCCAGUGUUCAAAAGGGUAUUUUGUGUUGUGAUAUAUAAGAGGGAACACCAGAUUUGAUUAUUUCUGUACCAUUUCAUUAUAUCUACUUACUAGGUUUAAAAUAGACGGGUUGACUAAGGAUCAGACUAUCAGAGCUCUUGGGCUUCAGUCUGUUGCAUUGAUCUGUUACCUCUUAAUAUGUGAAGCUCUUUCACUUUUUCUCUCUGCUUCCAUCAUUCAUUCUUUUUCUUUCUUAAAACCAAGCAAUGUCAAGCUGCUGGGGCUACCUCUGCUCACUUCUUUUCAUAAUUAACUUCUUCCAAUCAUUCCAUCCAUCCAUGUCUCUCCUGAAGGGACUGACUGGUUAGAGAUGCAUCACUUUGAGUGCCAAGUGUAUGUGCAUGUCUGACUGUCUAACAUACGUCUAGUGAUGUCAUUUCCUAAUCUGAUGAUGUCAUUUCCUGUAUCAAACUGUAUUGUUUUGUGUGUGUGUGGGGAAACAUCCCCAAUUGUCAUUAUGUUAUAUGUGGUGGUUGGCAUUGUUUGUCGUUGUUGGUGCCUCAUGUUUGAAAGGUUAUUGUGCUGUGGCUAACUUCUUUCUCCCUCUCUGUCUCUCUCUCUCUCUCUCGCUCUCUCUACCUCUCUCCUUUCGUGUUUUUUCUUCCCUUUUUUAGAAAAAAUCUCCAUGCCUGUUUGCUCAUCGUUAGCCUAGCAUGUCCUCAUGGUGUUGAAAGCCAACCCAAAACUCCUCCUCUUCCUCCUGGCUACUCCUCAUCAUCCUCCCACCAUUGUUGUCUCUGAUGUCUCGCUAAAGCUCGCCUGACCAAUAGGCUACCUGACCACACCCCCCCCACUGACCUUUGACAUAUGAAAUUUGAUCAUAGCUCAACCUGAUUGGUUGUAUCCAAAAUGGCACCCUGUAUAGUGCACUACUUCUGACCAAAGCCUUUUUGAUCAGUGCUAGGUGCUGCACUAUAUAGGGAAUAGGCUGCCAUUUUGGAUAAGUCCAAUUUCUUUCGCAUGUAACUUCAUUUUUCUCUAGUUUUUCUGUAUAAAUGUAAUGGGAGGGAAGGGAGGGAGGACAAGCAAAAUCAAUGUGAAAUCUUACCUGCGCUUAUUUCAUUUAAGAGACUAUUUAGCAAAUGCAGAAAAAAACAUUGUUUUAAAAGCCUGUGGGAUAGUUUAUUCUUUUUUAAUUUUGUAAUUUGCUUGUUUUUAUGUUGUUUCUUUUAACCUCUUCUCUCGGUCUAAAGUUCACUUGAAAGUUUUAAUACAGGGACUAGCACGGCACAGUGCUACUUUGUGCCAUUUAGCAAUAUGCUGGCUUCUGAAACAACAUACUAUAAGGUUGUGUCUGAAAUGACACCCUAUUCCCUAUUUAGUGCACUGAUUUUUAUUUGCCGCCAGGGCUCUAGUCAAAAGUGUAGUGCACUAUGUAGGGAAUAGGGUGCCAUUUCGGCUGCACACUAAGACCACUCGACUAGCAAAACAAUUUUCAAAACAAGUCUGAUUAUCAACCGGAAUUCCCCUCAGUGCGUUGUUAUGGCUUUUCACAUUUAAUAUUCAAGAAGGCAUUGUAAAGAUUUUCAAUUUUCUCGCUAAGGCUGUUGGUGACUUGGUUUUCAUUAAUGAAAAUAUAACAGUUUAUUUACCUAUUUAGCUUUAUUCUUUAUUCCCAAAAAUAUUUACGGCACAAUUAAAAGGUAGAUUUGCUAUGACUACCUACAUGAACUUUUUAGAACCGAUUCACAAAUAGACAAUCUGUGGUUUAAAUGCACACUUAGAUUACCUAUAUUUUAUACCAUUGAAUCUAUAGAAGUUUAGGUUAACUUUGGGGUUAUUUUGUAGAUUAUGUUGUAAUGUCAUCUGCUAGGGUCUAAGUGUUUCAAGUUUUUAAAGAGGAUUAAAAAAACAACUGUUUGCUCGAUCAACACAACCUUUCGAAAAAAUAAAUGUCAUUACGAGUGGUGAUGUAAUUCCUACUUAUUUACAUGUACAGUGCCUUCAGAAAGUUCUCAUAUCCCUUGACUUAUUCCACAUUCUGUUCUGAAUUCACAAUGGAUGACUAGAUUUUUUCCCCUCACUCAUCUACACACAAUGUACCGUACCAUAAGAUGACUGUGAAAAACAUGGUUUCAGAAAUGUUGGCACAAAUUAUUGACAAACUAAAUACAAAAAUAUAUCAUUUAAGUAAGUAUUCACACCCGAUUCAAUACUUUGUAGAAGCACCUUUGGCAGCGAUUACAGCUGUGAGUCUUUCUGGGUAAUUGUGUCCGCGUGCUUCCCAGCUGAAACAGUUCGGUGGAGUUUGAAUAUAUUAUGACAAAAUUUUGUGACGUUUUUAUUCGUUUGGACUUCUGUGCUGAUUUUUUUGGUGAUUGGUCAACAUUAGGGAUUCUUUAAUAAAGUCUUUGUCAUGCAACAAGAGACGACUCGUUUUCAUGCAAAUGUUUUAAUUGACAAAUACUGCACGAAACAACUUAAUGUAAAAUUGCCCCGACUAAGAUAAAUCUUCAUCAAAAUGAAUGACAGAUUUCUUGAGUUAGAUUAAUUCUUACUGAGGAAGUGUAUAUUGGCUACGGCGUCUCAAAAUGGUCCAACCGUACUAUUUCCUCUUCUUUUUUCAAAGGAAGGUCAUUUAACCAGGCUAGCCGAGUUUGGCUAGGUGCCAGCUUAACUGAAGCAUGCACUCUCUUCUUGGUAAGCAACUCCAGUGUAGAUUUGGCCUUGUGUGUGAGGUUGAAAGGUGAAUUCAUCGGCCAGUGUCUGGUGGAAAGCAGACUGAAGCAGGUUACCCUCUAGGAUUUAGCCUGUGUUUAGCACCAUUCUGUCUUUUUUUUAUCCUGAAAAACUCAUGUCCUUAACGAUUUGCUUUGCCAAUUCUUUUUCAGUAUUCAUUUAGUGCCUUGUUGAAAACAUUAUGCAGGUUUUGGAAUAUUAUUUUUCUGUACAGGCUUCCUUUUCACUCUUUCAAUUAGUAGGUUAGUAUUGUUGCGUAACUACAGUUUUCUCCUAUCACAACCAUUAAAAUUUAACUGUUUUAAAGUCACCAUUGGCCUCAUGGGGAAAUCCCUGAGCGGUUUCCUUCCUCUCCGGCAACUGAGUUGUGGUGUCUGGGUGUAUUGAUAUACCAUACUAUGUGUAAUUAAUAACUUCACCAUGCUCAAAAGGAUAUUCAAUGUCUAUUUUUUUUGCCCCAUCUACCAAUAGGUGCCCUUCUUUGCAAGGCAUUGGAAAAUCUCCCUGGUCUUUGUGCUGAAUCUGUGUUUAUACUUCACUGCUCAAUUGAGGGACCUUACAGAUAAUUGUAUGUGUGGGGUACAGAGAGAGUGUUAAACACUUUUGCACACUGAGCGGGUCCAUGCAACUUAUUUUAUGAACUUAUUUAUGCUUGCCAUAACAAAAGGGUUGAAUACUCAGAUUUAUAUAUUUUUUAAUUAAUUUGUCAAUUUGGAAUAACGUCCGCGUCCACUUUGACAUUAUGGGGUAUUUUGGGUAGGCCAUGGACCAAGAUAAUCUAUAUUUAAUCCAUUUUGAAAUUCAAGCUGUAACAAAACAAAAUGUGGGAAAAGUCAAGGGGUGUGAAUACUUUCUGAAGUCACUGUAUUGUCAGAAUUCCUUUAUGGAUUAUUAGCUUUUUUGGACACAUCAGAUAAUAGAUUGUCAUUGUGUCAUCUUGGGGAGUAUAUAGACUGAAUUUGUUUUUUCCUACUUUAAAAAAAAGAGAACGAUUAAAACUUGGUGUUAAAUUCUUACUUAAGGUACUUGAGAAUUUUUGGUGAAUUUCUUCUUGAUGAGAAUUUAUUUGAUAAAUGGAUGUUUGAGUUUUUGUUUAGUGUAGAUGCCUUGUAUUGAACACAGAAGACAGAUGAUCCUUUUUUGUUUUUAAAGUGCCCAUGUGUCAAACUCACACACACAGUAUUUUAACUUCUUACAAUAUGUGACGGUGCCCAUUUUCUCACACACACUUUGUUUUGUGACCGUAAAAACACUCGGAGCCCCUGAACGUGAGCGAGAAUUUUUAUUUGGUCACUCACACACACACACACAGAAUUUCUUUGUUGGUGAUAAGAUAUUAGUUUAUCACACAUUAAAAAAAACUUUUCUAUUCAAAACUUACGCACAGUAUCUAUGUGUUAACACUGCUCGACUCACCCCCACCAAAACAGUGUUGGUUUACAAAAGCAUUCCAUGUUUCAGCAUAGGGGUGAUAAUGGACUAGCCUACUUUCUGUCAGUUGAACUGCGAAGCUGAUGGGUCAGCUCAAAUCAUUUACAUCCAGCCCCCCAAAGAUAGGUUCCCCAAAAAGAAAAAGGUGUACCGGGGUCGUAUUCACUAGGCACAAAACAGAAUCAAGCAUGGGAGACUAUCUGAACUUGCCCAAUAAGAUCUGCCUGUUUUCAUUUUCCGGUUUGCUACGGUUUGCCCUAUUGACUACGACCCAAAUGGUUCUAAACAAGGGUUGUCAACUCAGGGUCCUGUGUGUUUGAGAUUCAGCUCUGUGUGGAAGAUGCAAGCACUGCGUAAGGUGUCUUUCGCAACAGAUUUGGGAUUAACAAGACACAAAAUGCACAAUUGUUGCCAUUUUAAACACUUUAAUUUAUUUUUUUAAAUCACCACAGAUGGCAUCAGUUUUAGCUUGGGAGUUCUAGCAGCAAUUGUUGAGAGGAGUUUGGAGUUUUGUUUGUUGAAUGGGAGUAGUUUGUCAGUUAUUAGCAGACAUAUUAGGGGAAAUGUUCACUUUUUUGCUAAUCUUUUUGUCUUUGAAGCAUGGGUUGGUGGCACUUCCCAGAACUACCAAGGUACUACUAAUAAAAAAAUAUUUUGCGUUCAAUAUGAUGGAGCAUGUGCUUUUUGCAGUGUGUUUUUAUAUCCAAAUGCAAUACAAUAAUCAAAGUGCCAUAUUAUAUGUCUAGAAACUGCCUACACAGAUACUAUUAGGCCUUGGUUGUUAUUAUUAGAGAUUGCUGAAGUUAGGUAACGCUCUUUUAUUUUUUAUUUUGGCAUGGUUGUUAUUAUAUUGAUACCAGUGUGUCAUUAAGGCUAAAUCACCCUCUGUUUUUUUCCCACUUUGUGUCAAGUUAUUGGUUCUAAUGUGAUGUGUGAAUUUUAACACUUUGGCAAGUACUUUUUUAAAAUUAUUAUACAAGAAACAACCCUAAACUUUUUAAGACAAAUCCCCUUGUUGGUGAGUGACAGAGUUGAGUACUUUACGGUACAGUCAGAGACGAUGUAUAUUAUGAAUGCUUGUUAUUUGGCAAAAUGGUAGUGGUUGUAUAUUGAUUUAUUGAUUAUAAUAGAAAUAAAAUAAAUAUCAUUUUUUGCAUCAACCAAAACCUGGGAAGUGUGCCAUAUUAUAAACAUUGAUUUGUCUUUAUGACAGUUUUCUAAAAAAUAAUUUAGUAUGUAGGCUACAACAAACUGAUAACCAAUGCUAGUUAAUAUUGAAUUGAUUAUAGCAGGUAGUUAGUUCUAAAACUAUUGUAAAAAGAAGUGUUACUGAAAAUGUUGAAAUAUAAGCACAAUAUAAAAUCACACAUGGGUCAGGGUAUAGGAACUUGAGACUCACUUCGGGGGCUUCCGUCACAACCACCAUUUUUGGGUGUGCGUUCCAAAUUGCACCCUACUCCCUACAUAGUGCACUAAUUUUGACCAGGGCAGAUAGGGAAUAGGGUCCCAUAUUGGAUGUAGUCUCAGUAUUUCUGUCAGUGCUCACUGCUCUCUCAUACUCUGAAGUGCUAUUUGACAAAGGUAUGUGGUAGCUUUGCGUCUCUUAGAUAUUGUCUUGGUCAACAAUCUAUCUGUCCUCGUUCUGUACCAUUUUUAUUGUCUGAUUAAUAAUUGAUAUGAAUUAUUUGUUCAUGUUCUUCUCCACAUAAAUGAUUUGAUAGAUGUUUGUGUUGUCUUGAGAAAAACCAAAGUCGCGGUGCAUCUUGAUGUUAUCUGAUCUGUAAAGCAUUAUUACAGUAGUGAUUUUCUGUUUUAAUUAACAAACUUUUUUAAAACUUGGGUGGGAUUUGAAAAUAACAAAAUUACAAAAACAGGCUCUUUCCAAUUUCUACAAUACUGGUUGUUCAUAUGUAUUUUGUACCAGUGAAGCUUUUUUAUAUUGGAAAUAAUUAAAGAAAAAAAUCUAUAUUGGAAAAAAAUGUCUGGCCUCUCUAUAAGGCCUCGCCUUGAAUGUGGGUCCUGAGUUAGGCUUCUUGGUGGUUGUCAAUGAGAACAGUUUUGGUAGUAUGUUUUAUUUCUUAAAAUAACCUUAAUUUUGAUUUCAUCAACUUGCUCUCUACAUGUUCCUCACUUUGUUAUUCACUUUUUUGGGGUGGGGGGGGCGGGGGUCUAAAAUUGUGGUAAGUUUCAUGUUAGUAGUAUUGUGCUCUGUCCACAUGGUUAUUAUAAAUGACCAUCUGGAUUGAUUAUAGGCAACUUGUGUGGAUGGAUAAAUAAAUGUAUUAGUUUAAUAGAAAGUUAAUUAUUUGUUGUUUUAGUUCUGGGCUUUUUGCUUUUUACCUGUGUCGUUAGAUUUUUCUGUUUUUACCAUAGAAUGAGUGGUGUGUAGUUGGAAAGCCAAGUCGAUGUUUUAUUUGGUAAAUGUUUGUUCAUGUGUGGUGUUUCUUUGCCUCUGUCUCCAAAAUUAAACCAUUUUCCCCUAA